GUUUCAAUUUUCUUUCUUUUUUUAAAGAAAAAUUUUCUUAAAUUUUGUGAAUUUUGAUUUUUGUUUUGACGAAAAAAAAACCGCACCGAACUAAACAAACGAACGAAAAUGUCAUCAGCAAUUUGUAUGAAAUGUACUCGUCCAGUAUAUCAUGCUGAAGAAAUGUUAGCCGGUGGUUUAAAAUGGCAUAAACAAUGUUUUAAAUGUGAAUUAUGUAAUAAACGUUUAGAUUCGAUCAAUGCAAAUGCACAUGCUGAUGCCUUAUGGUGUAAACAAUGUUAUGCAAGAAAAUUCGGUCCAAAAGGUUAUGGUUUUGGUGUUGGUGCCGGUACAUUAGGUAUGGAUAUUGGUGAGCAUUUAGGUAAUAAAGAUUGUGAAGUAACCAAUAAACCAUUGGGUAUUAAUAAUUAAAAAAAAAAUCAUUCGUCGAUUUUUUUUUCUGGUAAAAAAAUACAAUGAAGAUUUCAAACUACAAUAAAUUCUGUUCUGUUCUGUUAAUUUAUAAUUACGAAUUUGCCUGCUUUAUUAUCAUUUAUAAUUAUGAUUAUUAUUGUUCAAAAACAUAUGCUUCAAAAUUUAUUUAUUUAUUUUUUGGUUAUCAAUAAAAAAAAAAUUUGAAAAUAUGAAAAAAAAA